AUGUUUUUCCAUAAGCUCUCUCCAGCAGAGGCAUUGGACCGUCUUGAGAGUGGAUACCCAAGCGUGAUGCCUUUCAGAGAUGCCUCGAUAGGAGACUGUCCUUAUCCCUGCACUAUUCUCGACUGCCUCUGCGGUCUACAGUACGCUUACCUGCUGGGUUGGUACGAUCCAUGCAGAUUUGAUAUCAAUGAGUACAACUACUAUGCCAGUCUCCAGAACGGCGAUCUAAACUGGAUAAUACCACGAAAAAUAUUGGCUUUUUCGAGCCCUCAAAACGAACGAAGGGAUAAUCGUGGUUUCCCGGCCCACAUACCGGAGGAUUUCCACGCCGUAUUCAAGUCUAUGGGUGUUGAACUCAUCGUCAGAUUGAACGAUAAAUUGUAUGAUCGGAAUCGCUUCACUUCGGCAGGAUUCGCCCACAUGGACCUCUACUUCCCCGACGGGACUUGCCCAUCACCAUCCAUAAUGAGUCACUUCUUCAAUGCUGUCGAGUCUAUUCCAUCUGGAGUAAUAGCUGUGCAUUGUAAAGCGGGCCUGGGCCGUACUGGCUGCCUCAUUGGUCUCUAUGCUAUGAAGCGAUAUGGUUUUCGAGCUCGAGCAUGGAUCGGUUGGAACAGAAUCUGUCGCCCAGGAUCGAUUCUGGGCCAUCAGCAACAGUUCUUAUGUGAUGUCGAGCAUGCAAUGCGAACUCCGCAGCUCAACAAGGCGCCGACGUUAUUGACCACGAUCGACCCUGAUAGAUACGGGGUGGAUAUAGGUCAAGGCGAGAGGCUUAUGGCUGCUAAGCAGAAGACGGAAAUGACGAGGCUCGGUGCUAACAAGAACAGCAUCAGUGCAAUGCUGCGGCUGAGUGCUGGCUCAUACUAG